GGAAGUCUGAGCCUAAAGUGCUGUCAGUCAGUCAGUCGCAGCCAGCACUUUUUAUUUUUAUAUUUUUUACGUGUCAUUAAAAGUUCACGCUGGGUCGGUCGGGCUCUUCUUGGAGACAAUGUCCACGGUGAUUCCUCGUAUCGAGCAGCUUUCAUCUAGAGUGGUGCGUAUUCUGGGCUGUAACCCGGGACCCAUGACACUGCAGGGCACCAACACAUACUUGGUCGGGACUGGCAAAAGGCGAGUGUUAAUUGAUGCAGGUGAGCCCGCGAUACCAGAGUACAUUGCCAAUCUGCGCGAGGUACUGAAGCAGCACGAGACAUCUAUACAGCACAUUCUGAUAACACACUGGCAUUAUGACCACACUGGAGGAGUACAGGACAUACUCUCAAACGUUCACGCAGAUGCUGACCUGACGGUAAGUAAGCUUCCCCGAUCUCCUCCACAAGAAGAAGGUAUUGGAGAGGAGAAGAAGAAAUAUUCAUAUCUCAGUGAUGGUGAUGUGAUAAAGACAGAAGGGGCAACGUUACGGGUGUUGUUUACUCCCGGUCAUACAGAUGAUCACAUGGCAUUAUUACUGGAGGAAGAGCAAGCCGUGUUUUCAGGUGACUGUAUUCUGGGAGAGGGAACUGCUGUGUUUGAGGACCUCCAUGAUUACAUGAAGUCACUGCAGAAGCUACUCCACGUGAAGGCUGAUUUAAUAUAUCCAGGUCAUGGGCCAGUUGUCCAGAAUGCCGGCUCUAAGAUCUGUGAGUACAUAACUCACCGGAAUGCAAGAGAACAGCAGAUCCUACAGGUGCUACAGGAGAACAGUGGAACUGUGUUCACAUCCAGCCAACUGGUUAAAGUGGUUUACAAGGAGACUCCUGAACAUCUACACAGAGCAGCAGAGGUUAACUUGCUGCACCAUUUAAAGAAACUCUACAAGGAAGGAAAGAUUUGCUUUGCUGAAGACUCAAGUGGAAAAAAGUGGAAGAGUAAUUUGUGAUUUUUACCCAGAGCACAUAUCACCAUCAGUGUUUAAAAAAAGGUUCACACAGGACUUUGGUGAUGUUUAUUUUGUUUUGUGGAUGUUUAUUUUUUUCGUGGAAACACUUGCUCAUAAUAUUAAUCUACAUACAGCGGUGUCAUCAUUUAAUCAUUAAAACUGGAUGAACACAUUUCCACUUUAAGAAAUGUAUUUGUUGCCUGUUAUAUAUUUCAGGAUAAUCAUUAAACCUACUUUCUAAAGUCCCUUGUAGACCUAUUUUGUUCAAAUAACAUAUAUAUAAUUCAUUAAAUUUAUUUAAACACUCUUUCACUUCAUCUGCAUACUUUGUCAAGUACACAGCACAAUCUUUGUUUUUGAAGGCAUUAGCAAACUGCAAAUCAAACACAUUAUGUGCUAAUUAGUGUGGGACGCACAUAGACCUCAACACUUGACACACACCAGUAAUGGUGACAAUCAACAAACAUUAUUAAGUAAAAAGAUGAGCUCUGAAUAUCAUUACACAACUAUUAACUAACAGUGAUGACAAAAACAACAGCAC